UGGCACGAAAGAGAAAAAUAGUGAACGGGGGCACAAAACAACGCGAGAAUGACGUGUUAAAACCCGUGGAAAACAGCGGAUCUGGCAACUUGGAAACUUUCCGGAAUGAAGGAGGGGUCGGCGGGUCGGAGGUGAGCACCGCCCCGAGCUGAACUUUGUCACAAAUAUCCUGCUCGGCUGUGAUCGUGCCUCCCGUGCCCCUGUACUGACAGAUGCCUCCGGUGCGGUCCGGGCUGUAAACAUGUUCAUCUGGUUCACGGUUGUUGCGGGACUGGCGAUCCUGUCCCUGUCCUUCCUGAAGACCUUGUUCCCGUACUUAACCGAGGACUGCACGUACAUCCUGAGGAGCAUUAAACUGGGAAUCAGGCUCGUCAAGUACAAGAAUCUCAAGCCCUUCUACAGCCUCCUGGACUGCUUCUUGGAUGCAGCGAGGAGGCAUCCUGGUAAAACCUUCGUCAAGUUCGAGGGUCGAGAUUAUUCUUACGGCGAAGUGGACAAACAGAGCAGCAGGACGGCCCGAGCCCUGCAGGCUGCAGCCGGGCUGAAGGAGGGGGACCCGGUGGCCCUGUUCCUCGCCAACGAGCCCAGUUUCAUUUGGACUUGGCUCGCUUUGGCCAAGCUGGGCUGUCCGGCGGCUCUGCUCAACUUCAACAUCAGAUCCAAGUCUCUGCUGCACUGUUUCUCCUGCUGCGGGGCCAAAGUGAUCAUCGUCUCCGCAGAGCUGCAGGACGCCGUGGAGGAGGUUCUACCGACGCUGAGAGAGCAGGGUAUCACUGUGUUCCUCUUGUCGGAGACCUGCAGCGUCCAGGGCAUCAACACUUUACUGGACAAGAUCUCCCUUGCCUCAGAUGAGCCGCUGUCCAAGGACCUCAGAGCCAACGUCAACAUCAGGAGCACCGCCCUGUACAUCUACACGUCAGGCACCACAGGUCUGCCUAAAGCAGCUGUCGUCACCCAUGAGAGGGUCUGGGCGGCCUCCUUCAUCCAGGCGGCAUGUGGAAUCACAGCAGAUGACAUCUUCUACAUCAACCUACCUCUCUAUCACAGUGCAGGCUUCCUCAUCGGGAUGGCCGGAGCCAUCGAGAGAGGUAUGACCAUUUUUCUGAGGAGGAAGUUCUCUGCCUCUCAGUUCUGGGACGACUGCAGGAAGCAUGAUGUGACAGUGAUGCAGUACAUCGGUGAAACAAUGCGCUACCUCUGCAACUCUCCCAGGAAAGACAACGAGAAGAACCACAAGGUGAGAGUCGCCAUCGGCAACGGGGUCCGAACAGACAUUUGGUCGGAGUUCCUAAAUCGCUUCGGGAAUAUUCAAGUCCGAGAGCUGUACGCUGCCACAGAGGGAAACAUCGGCUUCAUUAAUUACACCUCCAAGAUCGGUGCCGUGGGGAGAGUCAAUUUUGUGCACAGAUUUUUUUUCCCCUACACUUUGAUCAAGUUUGACAUUGAGAAGGAGGAGCCUGUCAGGAACUCUGAGGGUCUGUGCAUCGAGGCAGCCAGAGGUGAGACGGGACUUUUGGUUGGAAAGGUCACUCAGAGGUCUCCCUUCAUUGGGUACGCCGGCAACAAGCAACAGACCGAGAAGAAGAGGCUUCGCGACGUGCUGAAAAAAGGCGACUUGUACUUCAACACCGGAGAUUUGCUUCAGUUUGACGAGGAAAACUUUGUCUACUUUCAGGAUCGAGUCGGCGACACUUUCAGGUGGAAAGGAGAGAACGUCGCCACAUCAGAGGUUGCAGACAUUCUCACGAUGGUUCACUGCAUUCUGGAGGCGAAUGUCUACGGUGUUAAAGUCGAAGGUCACGAGGGUCGGAUCGGCAUGGCGGCUGUCAUUUUAAAAGAGGGAGAAGAUUUUGACUGUUCGGGCACCUACAAGCAGGUCGUCAGCUACCUACCAGCUUACGCAAGACCUCGGUUCAUUCGGAUUCAGGCCUGCCUGGAGAUGACGGGGACGUUCAAGAUGAAGAAAGUAAAGUUGGUGGAGGAGGGAUUCAACCCGGCACACAUCCAAGAUCCUUUGUACUUUUUAGACCCCGAGCAGAAGACGUACGUCCCGCUGACAGAGGAGAUCUACAGAGCGAUCACUUCCAGGGAAAUAAAACUCUAAGACUGAAGAAUAAUCACUGAACCAUUCAAGUCGCAGCUCAUUCAUUUCUCAUUCCUUUUAACAAUCAACUAACUCAUCAGACUGACUUUACGUCGUGUUUCAGGAGACCUUUUUUUUUCUUUUAAAUCAUUUUGACGGUAUGUGUUAUGCUGGUUAUGUCUUACUUCCUCUGUUGUACUUUUAAUAAUUAAACUCUGGUUAUCUUUUAGUCGUGACUUUUAAUUUAUGACUGGCCAUAUAAAUUGUAGAAAUUUAAAGUGUUCAGUCACAUAUUACACAGAUGUACCAUAACUUUGGCUUUUGAACUCUUUGCCUCUUGGUUUAUCGGUGAACCUUCACACAGAUGUUUUGUACAGCCAGGCUUCGCUUUAUCAGCUUGUGUGUACCGACGGCACACACUGACAUGUUCCUGUUACAUGAUAAAAGCUGCGGUCCAAGUAAGGGGAGAGUCUCGGUCUGUUGUUAUUGUAGGAACCUCUGUUAUGUGCCUUUUGUGAAAGUGUUUCUGGUCAGCGCAACUUUCCCUCACUGGCCAAAACAACCUUUGACUUAAAAUAGUUCUCAAGUCUUUGUCACAUGCUGCGUCAUGUGACACGCGUGGCAAAAAUGUGAAAUCAGCCAGUUUCAGGAAGGAAAGGGGAGUUAUUGUUCCCUCACCUGACUGUUUGACUUUCGCUGUGCAGAAUCAAACACUAAAAAAGCUGCAGAGGAAGUUCCUCUGCGCUCAUCUUACAUCUCAGUUUAACAGUGGCAGGUACGAGCAUUUGGAGGCCAGCGGUGGCCCAUCAUGCACUGUAGUUACUGUACUGACACGUCUACUGAGAACUAACUUCUCAGUCAAGUCAGAAACAUCUUUUUUGGUUGUAACAUGACAUGAGGAAUAAUAACUUCCUCCACAAGCUUGUGGAUGAUGUGCUAAAGUUGUUAUAUGCAGCUUAUAGAUUUGGUGGGAGCUGUAGAUGUGAGGAGAAUUUUUUAACCAGGUAAAUUUUUCUAUUGUAAAAACAUUUCAGAAUUUUCCUAAAAACUGAUGUAUAAACUACAGAUGUAGUUCCCCUCAAUCAUCAGUUUGUGUGUCUGUCCUGUGCCUGUAUUUCCUUAAUAUUUUGCCGUGUGGAUUGUUGUUGAGUCUGACUGCUACGUUGUCAAAUGCCAACUCUUUGGUUUGGUAGUGUGAUAUGACAAAGUGAAUUAAAGGUGGGGACUACUUUAA